AUGGACAUUGAAGAAGGCCAAAGACCACGCGUAGUCACCGGUGGAAUGCAGGGGUACCAAAAAUGUCUGCUUAUAUUCUUGGGGAUCGGACUUUUGACCAUGGUGAUCGUUUUGCCCCUGAGUUUCAGUGGAGUCGAAUAUUACGAGGUAGGUAUUUGCCCAAUAUUGAAUACUUAUGUUAAAAAUAUUAGUAUUUAUCCGAAAUCUGCAGAACGAUCGACUGAGCGGACGCCACAAGCACUGCAAUUGCAUGACACUUGAAUUUCAGAGACACUCCCUUACUUGGACCUUGAAGGUCACGCAAUACGCACAGCUUACACCCGGCAGGAAGGAAAUAGAUCAAUGUUUGUCAAUAGAAUGAAAGGAGCUCAUUAACACUCUGCCGAAGACACCCUUAUAAAAACCGGUGGUUUUCGUCAUUGUGAGAUCGCUUUGUCUGAGAUAGAUAGCUGUCACGUAUUGUUUUUACUACUUAUCUUUGGACAGUCAAUUCCUUCCACUUUUUCCUCCAAUGAUAAACCCUCUUUAAAAUAGGCUACGUUUAAUAGGUCAAGCUGCAUCUGCGUACAACACAUUUCUCAUUCUUAAUUUUCCAGCUGGGAAUUAGGAAACAGAAGUCAACUGGGAAUAUCAAACUGGAUAAAGUAUACACGGGCGGUCGACACUUGAUUGGUCCUGAUUAUACGUUCAAAAAAUUUGAGGCCACAGUGCAUUACGAGGAGCUGAAGAAGGUCGAAACCUUUACUAAAGGAACUGCUGAUAGUCUUGGCGUGGCAGUCGAGAUUACUUGUGCGAUGCAGUACUUCCUUCGCCCAGAAGACCUGAAAGAUUUACAUCAGCAGUACGACUUGUAUUACAAGUAUGGCUUUAUUGACUUUUUCCUUGCUUCCUAGCCUGUAUUUUGGCGUAGGUCAAGUACGCAUGAGCGGUCCAAAGGAGGGUCUGGAGCGAAGAUGAAAACGGAGAGUGAGACUAGGGAGAGGCGCGAAAAAAUGUAGGGAGUGUGAGGCUCGUGUGCUUCGCGCGAGGAUUUCAGGCUGGCCAUCGCGCCUUGAAAACAGAUCAGUUCAGAGAAAAAGACCCGACUGUUUUGCAGUCUUAUGCGCCCGGCUGCUUGCACCCCUUUCUCUUCUAUUGUUACUUAACUAAGGGCCUAAAGCAGUAUGCGGUGUCAUGAUGGGUCGCGUAUCAGUGCUGAUCGAAUUGAUUUGCGUUUUUUUACAGGCCUGUGGUUAGAACAACAGCAAAUGCAGCCAUUAAGGGUCGUGCUGCAGAAUUGUCAGUGUCCCAGUUUAUUCGUGAUAGAGAAACAGUGGAAACGGAACUCUUUAAGGCAGUUAAACUUAGACUUGAAGGUAUGUUUAUAUAGAUAAAGACUUUGUGAAGUAAAAAUGCACUUGUUUGCGGAUUGAAAUGACUCUACAUCAAGAGAUCCCUAAUACGACAUUAUCAUCUCUUGCUCUUCUUCGAAUUCGAACGUUUAAAUGCUGAAGGAAAUUGAAAAAACGAUUGUUGCCGUGGCGAUCACUCUUGAUGAAACGACGAUCUUAAAGAUUAGAGCGACGAUUUAAUUGCCAUUCCGAUUAAGUUUGAUAACGUUAGUCGUGCUUUGACGGCAAACAAAUCUGUCAAAACGUUUGCUGCACGUUGAGACUUUUUAUUUGCUUAUAAAACCUACAACCUGUAGCCUUAAGGUUUUUUUAUUUCCUCGUUCUCGUCUUCGUCACCUUGGUUACUCAAGCUUGCUAGCGACGUUACCAAGGAGAAAAAUUCUUUACAUGCGACGGUUUCGUUGAAAAACCGACGAUUUGAUGGAAAACGCGCAACGAAAAUGACGAUCAAAGGUUCUCAGAGACUCACCUUUGGACCCAGGCUCAGAAAGCGUCAUUUUUUAGAAAAAAAUAUUAAGGGAAUCCGACGGGUCUUUACAAGGCUUUUUGUCUGGUUUAAAGCAGUCGGACAUCGUUCGCAAAAGAAACGGGCUUUUCCAAAUGUAGUACCUAUUUUUGUCCUUAGUUAGCUAAACGAUUCCAAGAAUUCCCCAAUAUUAUGUUGUUGGAAAUGCGUUCUAUAAUGCUUUGUGUCUAUGUUUGUUUUGGUACUUUUGUUAUCUCCUUCAUAGGCACCUGUUGUCUCAAGGAUUGUGCCGCCAAAAAAGCGUGCGUUCCCGGAUGUGUGGAGUACUCCAAGUGUACGACGUCUCAAAAAGGCCUGUUUGUAGAAGUUAGAUAUUUUCAGUUCUUGGACUUUGACAUCCAUGAUGAUGUAAAGAAGAAAUAUUUUGAACGGGUGAAGGAAGUAGAGCAGAAACAGCAGGCUCAGUUUGAGCAAGAUGAGAAGGUCAGCGAUAAAUCAUGAAAUCUUCCUUUUUAGUUCAUAAUAAUUUUCAGAUCUCCUUUGGAUGACGCCUAUUUUCGCCUUCGGCUUCGUCGACAAGAUGAGAUAUGGGCAAGAGAUUUAGUUCAUGACUCCGCAUAACAGAAGCCAAUGCAUAGAACCUCCUUGUUUGCUUUUCCUACACUGCGAGCAGUCUCUCUUUUUCUUCAGAUUUAGUGAGAGCAAUGCACUCGCUGGAGCAGAGAAGCCGCGAGACGCGCGAAACGAGGGCGGCAGCCCGUCUCGCGCCAUCAGUCACGCGCGUGGCCAUUGGCGUGUCUCGCGUUUUGCUCGACGGACUACAGAAAAAAGAGAGACUGCUCGUAGUCUAUGCUUUUCCUUUGUUUUUAAUUCGUCUUUUCUUAGUCAUGAUCAGUUUGCAAUUAAAAAAUAUCUACGGUACCCAGUUGGGAGUGGAGGACAAGUAAAUGGCAUUCUUUGAAUUACAGAUAAUAACAGUCGACUUUCUUUAUGACGGACACCUUUGGGACCGGCAAUAUGUGUCUGUCUUAGAGAGAUCUCCCUCUUAUAAAGAGUCAGCUUAGCUUAAGAGUAAAGAAAGGCAUGGUGUCUGUUUUAGCAAGGUGUCCGUUCUAUAGAGGUGUCCGUUCUAUGGAGGUGUCCGUUCUAUAGGGGUGUCUGUUCUGUAGAGGUGUCCAUUCUAUAAAGGUGUCCGUACUAUGGAGGCGUCUGUUCUGCAGAGGUGUCCAUUCCAUAGAGGUGUCCAUUCUAUACAGGUGUCCGUUCUAUAGAGGUGUCCGGUAAGAAGGAGUUGACUAUCGCACUUAGCUACGACUCUAACAAUGAUCCAAAAACAUUAUUAAAAAGCCAACUCUAGUAGGAGACAGUCAGUUGAGUAGUUUCACAAGUAAAUUAAGUACGGCCGAACAGAGACAAACAUCCUGAAAAAGUAGGCUAGCAAAGAGAGACUAACCCGUGGGCGUCUAGAUGCGAAUCCGACACGCUGACUACUCGGCCGCGCUGCAACGGCAAAAAGCGGUUGGCAAUAUUAUUGCUGGUUUCGUUUCGGUUUUAAUCCACUAUUGUGUUUUUCUACGCAGGUCGUGCGAAAGGAAACUGAGCGCAUGAAGAACGAAAUCAACAACGCAGCCGCAGAAAUCGCACAGAAUUCCUCUGCCCAAGCCACUGUCAUUCUUGCGAAGGCAAAAGCCGAAGCGCUACUUAAGGUGGAGAAAGCACGUGACACGGGGCUGUCCUACAUCUACCAACAACUGAAUAUCACUAAAGAAGCACAAAAGUCUGCCUUCAAUUAUUUACGCACGCUUCGGGGGCAACAAAACGUCAAGCUUAAUGUUGGUUACCAAACGCUUAUGGCAAGAGAUUAA